UUCUUCUUCACUGCGUAAAAAGUAGGUCCUCGCUUUCCCACAGUUGCUUUUCUUAUCAGCUGCUUCACUCGAUCACUGGGACUUGGGUCCUCUAGAAUUUUCUGAAUCAAAGAGAUGGGAGAAGGAAAGGGCUCGACCCUGGUGCACCUACUGGUUGUGGUGUUGUGCCUGGUUGCGUUUGGUUUCGCCAUUGCUGCUGAGAGACGACGAAGUGUUGGCAAUAUAAUCAAAGAUGAAUUAUCAAAUGCCACGUAUUGUGUCUACAGCUCAGAUGUUGCAACUGGUUAUGGAGUGGGUGCUUUUUUAUUCCUUCUUUCAAGUGAAUCACUACUCAUGGGAGUGACUAAAUGCAUGUGCUUUGGGAUACCUUUAGCACCCGGUGGGGAUCGAGCUUGGUCAAUUAUAUACUUUAUAUCGUCAUGGGUGACCUUUCUGGUGGCAGAAGCAUGUCUGAUUGCUGGUGCAACAAAGAACGCCUACCACACAAAGUACAGGGGAAUGAUUUAUGCGCAGAAUUUCUCCUGCGAGUCAUUGCGGAAAGGCAUUUUUAUUGCUGGAGCCGUCUUCAUUGUUGCAAAUAUGGUACUCAACGUAUAUUAUUACAUGUAUUUCUCAAAGGCAACUACAACCCAAGCAGCUCACAAGACAAACCGUGCUGCUUCAACUGUUGGGAUGGCCGGGUAUGCAUAAGAUUGAACUGAUAAGAGCAGUUUGCAAAGUUUUGUUUCUUUCUCAAGUAAAGAGUCUGCAGGGGAGUUGCAUGUGUAUUGUAAUGUAUUAUGCUUGUCUAGAGAUAUGUUGUAGUGCGGUUAUGAAUUCCGAACCAAUUUAAGGCCUUAAAAGCCACCAUGCCAUGGUUGAAGUAUCAAAUGCUCUUCCUCCCCUCGGCCUAUUGAAGUUGCCUACCCACCUCGGACCUAUAGGUUGCAUUUCUGUAAUUCUAUCAAAUGCUAUAUGUUCGCGUAUCAUAUAGGCUGCCUCUCUUUUUCAUGUAUCUAAAAUUUUAAUC